AUGGCAGAACCAUCAGAGAAAAAGCAUCGAAAUGCCAUCCUCAAUUCGCAGAAAGCUGCUCUUCGAGCUCAGUACCAGCUAGAUCCUAAAAUGGGUUACAAAGCACUUGCACAAUGGUUUGAAGAGAAAUACCACCAGAAGAUCAAUAUAUAUUUAUUCCUGGAUGAGAUGCAGGGUCAGACGGUUAGUGGCAAGCGGAUUCGUCCAGAGAAUUGGCCUGAACUCGAGUCGGCGCUUUCCGAAUGGAUUCGGCGUGCAAAGAAUCAAGAUUUGGCUCUUUCACAUGAAAUUAUUCGUCAAAAAGCGAAACAGUUUUGGCCAACCAUCUAUCCGGGGAAACCCAUACCGCAGUUUAGUAAUGGCUGGCUAGAGCGGUUUCAGUCACGUCAAGAGAUUAAGAUCAAGAAACAGCAUGGCGAUACUGGUGAUAGUGCUGAGGAUGCGACACUUCAGAUGGUUAGGAUUCGUCAGCUAUUGAGGACCUUUACCCCUCGAGACAUUUUCAGCUGUGAUGAGACAGGGUUGUUCUGGAAGAUGAUCCCCGAAAGGAAUCUGUCAACACGGGUGGUACCCGGUCGCCAAAAUGAACAAGCUCGAAUAAGUGUAUUGUUUUGUUGCAACUCUGAUGGGACGGAACGUCUCCCUCCACUAUUUAUCGGUACCCAUGAACGACCUGCAGCCUUCGCCAAAGCUAAUAUCAAUAUUGAGAAUCUUUGUUGUUUGUGGCGGAGUAACGGACAAGCUUGGAUGACAAGCGAUAUUUUCAAAGAAUGGCUUCUGUGGUUUGAUAGCAAGAUGGAAGGACGAAAAGUUGUCCUUCUGUUGGAUAAAUUCUCAGCUCAUCAAAUUGCAGCUCAAAAAGUCUCUACGAAGCUGCAGAAUACUCUUAUUCUGUGGCUUCCGGCCUGCCCGGAAAUGCCGUGUCCCCUAGUAGAGAACAUCAUUGAUGUUUGGAAGAUCCAUUGGAAAAGGGAAUGGCUUCGGUACAUGAACUUGGAGUUUGGGCGUGAUUCUGACCCCACAGUGACCAUGACGAUAUUGAUGGCAGUUCGUUGGGCCAUAACCGCCUGGAAUGUCGACCUCGACCCUCAAACCGUCGUGCAUUACUUCAGGAAAGCGCUCGAAGUAGGGGUAGUCGAAGAAAUCAAUCACUCACAUCUAAUCAACAACAUCGCAGCCGGCCUCGAAAAUCUACGGCUAGCACAUCGACUUAAUGACAUUAUGGACGUUAACGAAUAUCUAAACUGUCCCGACGAGAAGGUCAACGAUGGAAUCAUAGAUAUUGACUCUAUCGUCUUGAGUCAAUUCUUAAGAAGCGGAGAUAUUGAUGAGGAGGAUGACGGACCUGAGGUAUCGAUUCCACUCAUUUCAACAUCAGACGCACUACAGAGUUUGUAUACUCUUCGUCUUUAUGAAGAGCAGCAGGAUGUUGGAGAUCGAGAAUUGAUUAUGCAUUUGAUGCGGUUUGAGAGGAUUUUGCAGGCUCGUCUUGAGCGACAGUAUCAGGGCAACCUUUAUUAG